CAGUAACUUAAGCUUUCAUACGAUGAGGGCGUAUCUCAGUAGCCCGCGGCCUUCAUUAAAGAAGCUCACCAGCCAGUCCCUCCCUCCGGCUCCUGCCCUGGGCAGCUGUCAUGGCCGACGACAUCAAUACACGCAAGUACCGAGCUAACAACGCACCAUACCACCAUACUCUGAGCAUUUACCUGCAGACGCUUAUGGGGCUCGAGAUACCUCAUGAGAGGAGACGUACGAACAAGAAGAGUGACUGCUGGUGCGAGAAGUGAGUGCGAAUUUAUAGGGCAUGGAGAGGAGUUUCCUUUUCGGCACCGAUAGCGCAAGACAAUGAGUCAAUGUGCAGCAUCGUCACACGAGCUGCAUUGCACGCUGCUAGAAAAUCUGACGCGUCUUAUUUUCGGAGAAAUCGCCUUCCACAAUGUUUUCUAGAUGCGUUAGAAGACGAUACGCAUACUAGCUCCCUCUGGCCAUCCAGUGUAUGCGCAACGCUUGAACUUGGACACUUCCUGUUUUUGGAAGGGCGGCGGUAUUACGACGGUACGAAAGGUAAGCCGUGCGCCGCCCGAUCGAGUUAUGACGACAUCAGAUGCCGCCCCCGCCACCAAAGCCUGGACGCGCCGCUACUGUGCCCAUCCCCUCAAAACCAGCAUUUUCUGCCAACGCUUUUACGGACUUGCAUCCACUACGAUCCAGCACUUUUCCUCGUCUGAAGUAUCCCCCCCCUCCCGACAUCUCCCAAGAUUCGAAACGCAGGACUAGCAGACAGCGGCGGAAGCAUUCUCGCUCGAACUAGUGAAAAAAUUUCGGUCCACAGAUCGCUCCGUCGAAACGUGCGCACACAAUUUUUUUUGCCGAUAGUGUAUUAAAAGAUCGUCGAGUUACAGGCCAGUGCGCGGUUCCGAAACGGUGCGCUGCGUGUCUGAGCCUCGCGAUCGGUCGAAGCUAACAGAGAGCCUAACUAGAGCUACUCUACAGAAUCAUCUCUGCUACUCAACUUAGAAGCCAGGAACUCGGAGAAGUUAGCAACCACAUUGAACCAUGGCGCCGAAACCGCAGGUAGUGCCGCCGUCAGGGAGCUCGGAGCCCUCGGAGCCGUCUGAAAUUCGUCCCGAGGACAAGCCCAAGAAGCAGCUGAAGGGCGAGCAAGAAGAGAACCCGCAGGUGGUGGCACAUCGUCCGGGCGGCCAGGCCGCGGACAAGAAGGGCGAUUCCAAGAGUGGCGGCAGCGGAAGCCUCGACAAGGUUGCCGACCAAGGCUUUGCGGGAGAGAAAGUGAAACCCAAGCUCUGAAGCGCGCUUUUCGCAGGAUUUGCACGGGCCAAGUGAACGUUCCUGUAUUCGCAAUAGUCUGGCUGUACUAUGGUCCUACUGUAUCCAAUUCCCAGUACUCGCACACGUCUGGGCCCUAAUUCCGUUAUUUUGGAAGUGUAA